AUGUCGGCCAACGGACAAUCCUUCCUCCUCGACCCUGAAAAGAAGACUGGUCCCAUGCGAUACAGCCAUGCACGAGUUGUCUCGCCAAGCACUCAUCACACAAUCCACAUCUCAGGCAUUGCUGCCGUCACACCAGACGGCAAAUACGAAGGCGUAACCGAAAACCCCGACGGCUCAUAUGAACUGGACAUCCGCGCACAAACCGCCGCAGUUCUACGACGAAUUGAGAGCAUAAUCAAGGGUGCCUCUGAUGGAAAGGCCGAUCUUUACAAUAUUGUGGAUGCGGUUGUUUAUAUUCUGGAUAUGAAGACUCAAUAUGCCGGCAUGAACGAGGAGUGGAAUAAAAUUUGGAGUGAUCGCGCCAGUGCACCUGCGAGGGCAACUAUUGGGGUUAGAGAGUUGCCGGAUCCUAGGUUUUUGGUGGAAAUUAAGGCUACUGCGAUUUUCGAGAAAUAA